AUGGCGUCUCCUUCGAAUGUGCAGUGCUCAGUCGCCCCGCUGCGGGGCCUGUGCCAGAGUUUGCCUGGAGGACAGUACCAACGACGGCAGUCAACUUAUUCUUUCAAAGCGGUUACAGUAAUGCUAGUUGCAGUCAGUGCUACCUUACUCCAGCCUUCUUCGAUUUCCUUUGAGGCAGCAGCUGCCGCAGAAGUGCAGAAGUCGAAAUGCGCGGAUAGCGAAGGGGGCGUGCAGUGCAGCUGCUCGAAGGAAGAUCCGUCAAAGGAUCUGGUGGCGCUGUCUACGACCAUUACUGACAAGAGGAGUGAGAUGGAGCUGAUCUGCAACGAUAGCUUGCAGCAUUCGCCAAGGGAGCUGAAAAGCACCUUCGUUUGCCCGGCAACGACCACCGAUCUUCUCGACUGCGAGACAAGCGAGCCCACCGCAACCCUUGAUAUUAACAGUUUGCUGGCUGCGUCUGCUGCCAAGGUAACUUGGAACGAGAAGGCGGUCGAGAACAACCCACCCACCACUCGGACUUUGAGCAUUCCGAAGGAGAGAUUCCCUUACGUGGACGAAAAAUUCGUUGUUGGCUGCACUGGAGAAGCCGUCGAGCGCCAAAAGAAGACGAAAUGUACUGUGACGGUGACUGUCGCCGCCAGAGCGACAGUCACGGAAAAUCAGAAAGUCACGUGCGCCUACGGCUCCGGGAGUAAUACAAAACAUCAGGCCGCCGCCCUCAGCCCGUCAAACAACAGCUUUACCAUCUUGUGUGGAGACAAAGGCGAGAUUGUGCAGACCAACUACAAGCUGAAGUUCUGCCCCGUAAGCGACACAAAGGGUGCCGUCACCGACUGCAGCGAAGACUAUAAGACAGUUCUUCCAGGAUACGAAGAAGGCUGGUGGACUGGUGACAAUGCCAGGGGUUUUACGUUCACGGUUCCGAAGGACAAGUUUCCGCGGAACGAGGCGAAAUUUAUGAUCCAAUGUCAGAAGAGCAGUAAUGCUCGUGGUAACGGGAAAGCUGAACCAGACGCGGAGGCGCCCAGUGUGUGUAGUGUUGACGUGACGGUAGAAGGCAGUGGACAGGAGAGCUUAUCGCCUGCCUCUUCCUCCGUGGGUUCCACGGGUCUGCUGCUCUUGAUUGGAGCGCUCCCACAUAGAGAGUCCCAAGUGCCACAGGGUUUUAUCCUCACGCUCCUGCAGCCUCCAAGCUGCGAUCGCGUUUCUCGCAUUGUACCGGACUGCGCUUCGCCGAGAGGUCCAGAGCACUCAAGGCGCUUGUGCUACGAGAGCCAUCGAUGUUCUGACACCGUCUCGGAUCAGGCAGGGGGGACCAGGUGGAACUAUGCAGCGUCCACCUUCGAGAAGGGUCAGCGUAUCACGACCUGUACGUGCGAAGCGACGGACGGCAGCAAGCCGAUCCUUGACGGCAGACAAUUCGGAGACCUUGAGCGGGCUUAA